AUGCUGCUGUUGCUGGGACACUUGCUGCGAAGGAACAAGAGUUGGAGCAAGUGUUUGUUGAGGCUUUUCACUGUAGCUUCGGAGAAGGACAACACACCUCAAAUCAAGGCAGAUCUGCAGACGUAUCUAUAUCAGCUGAGAAUAGAGGGAGUGGUGGAAGUGGUGGAAAUGGUCGGGGAGGAUAUGUCGGCUUAUGUUUAUGAACGAACGUUGAAAAUGGAGGAGCGGACCCGGAUGAUCAAUCAGAUGCAAAGACGGGUAACGUUUGGGCUAUUCUUCAACCCAUGGGCCGUUAAAAGGUCCAGAUGG